AUGACGCACUCCGCAGUCAAAGAUUGCAAUGGGCUGGAGAACCCCAGUUUUAUGGUUGAAGAUGGAGACCAAUACAGUGCCUUGUCUCAACUCCAUGCCAAGGGCCUAAAGGAAGAGAAGAAAGACCAGGGCAAGAACUGCAGUACACUAGUGUACUCUGUCACUGAGAUUCCACCAUGGUACCUCUGCAUCCUGCUAGGGAUUCAGCACUACCUGACAGCUCUGGGUGGUCUUGUAGCCAUCCCUCUGAUCCUGUCCAAAGAGCUUUGCCUGCAGCACGACCCCCUGACCCAGGGUCACCUGAUCAGCACCAUCUUCUUUGUCUCGGGAAUUUGUACCCUCCUUCAAGUCCUCUUUGGAGUCAGGUUGCCCAUUCUCCAAGGAGGGACUUUUGCAUUCUUGACUCCUUCCCUUGCCAUGCUCUCCCUCCCUAACUGGAGAUGCCCUGCGUGGACGCAGAAUGCCAGCCAGGUGAAUGCUACUUCGCCGGAGUUCAUCGAGGUCUGGCAGUCAAGGAUGCGAGAGCUGCAGGGAGCCAUCAUGGUCGCUUCCUGUUUCCAAAUAUUUGUUGGAUUUUCUGGCCUGAUUGGAUUUCUGAUGCGAUUCAUCGGUCCCUUGACCAUUGCCCCAACCAUAACCUUGGUUGCGCUGCCUCUCUUCAACUCUGCAGGAGAUGAGGCUGGCUCACAUUGGGGCAUAUCAGCCAUGGCCAUUUUCUUCAUAGUUCUGUUCUCUCAGUACCUGAAAAAUGUGCCUGUGCCACUGCCAUCGUACCAAGGAUCCAGGAAGUGCCACUUCUCGAAGGUCUACCUCUUCCAGAUCUUCCCCGUUCUUCUUGGCCUCGCCAUUACUUGGCUGAUAUGUUUUGCACUCACUGUUACCAAUGCCUUCCCCUCGGACCCUGCAGUUUAUGGCUAUCUGGCUCGGACUGACAUCAAAGGAGACGUUCUGUCCCAAGCACCCUGGUUCCGGUUCCCAUACCCAGGCCAGUGGGGAGUUCCAACAAUCAGUUUGGCUGGGAUAUUUGGCAUCAUAGCUGGAGUGAUUUCCUCUAUGGUGGAGUCAGUAGGCGAUUACUAUGCCUGCGCCCGACUGUCUGGUGCCCCGCCCCCUCCGAAGCAUGCUAUCAACCGUGGAAUUGGAGUUGAGGGAAUUGGCUGUCUUCUGGCUGGGGCCUGGGGAACAGGGAAUGGCACCACUUCUUACAGUGAGAAUGUUGGAGCGCUGGGAAUCACCCGGGUAGGAAGUAGAAUAGUGAUCAUUGCUGGUGGCUGCGUGUUGCUUGUGAUAGGCAUGUUUGGGAAGAUCGGCGCUGUGUUCGCCAGCAUACCAACACCCCUGAUUGGAGGACUGCUCCUUGUGAUGUUUGGAAUCAUCACUGCUGUGGGAGUUUCCAAUUUGCAGUAUGUGGACAUGAACUCCUCAAGAAACCUGUUUAUCUUUGGAUUUUCUAUAUAUGCGGGUCUGGCAAUUCCCAACUGGGUAAACAAAAAUUCUCAAGUGCUAGAAACAGGAAUUCUCCAGCUAGACCAAGUGAUCCAAGUGCUCCUCACCACUGGCAUGUUUGUGGGUGGAUUCCUGGCAUUUAUCCUUGAUAACACGAUUCCGGGAAGCCAGGAAGAGCGAGGAUUCUUAGCCUGGAAAGAGACCUGCCAGGAGGAGUGUGACGAGAUUCGUGUUAUGGAAGUCUACAAUCUUCCAUUUGGAAUAGGCACCAAGUUCUGCACCUCCUCUUGGGUUCAGUUCCUCCCAACUUGCCCCAAAAGGCUAUCUGUAUACAAGAGAAAGGAAGAACCAAAGAGCCUCAAACAGGAAAACAGUUUCAAAACAAGCUCAGAAAGAGAACUAGAGAUAGACAUGGAUACAAAGAUAUAAGCCCAUGGUUAGGAGGUGGACUCAUUUACAAAGCACGUGCCAUGAAAACCAUAUUUACAGAUAUCCUGACAGAAGUUGGAACAGGAGAAUAGGUGAUAAAACGUUUGUUUUCUAUUCCCAGCUCUGCCACUGACUCCUUGUGUGACCUUGAGCAAGUCACCUCACCUCUUUCUGCCUCUAUUUAUCCAGAUGUAGCAAGAAUAUACUGACUGGCACUGGUCCCUGAGAUCUCCCUGACACAGGUUAGGAGGCAGCACGUUGGUCCCUGGUAUCAAAAAGGUUCCAAAACACUGCUCUAGAGAGAGGCGGCCUUGUGACCGACCUGGCUGAAGAAGAGACUUUUCAGUUUCCAAGCAGUUUUGAAAAAUUGGGCCGGGGGGAGGGAAACGAAAAUGACAUUUUUCAAAAUUUUGGGGUGAAUUGAAAAGUCAAGCCAGAUGAGCAGAAUGUUUUGGUGAUACAGAAAUGAAACCUUUCAGUUUGACUUUCAAGUGUUUUGACAAAAGCAAAGGAGUCAUAAAAUGGCCAGAGGAGGUCCUACCACCUCCCUUAUAAG